GAUAAGAAAGAUGGAGUCAUUUUGAUUGAAAAAUGAGGCAGCACUGCCUGCUUUUUCUACUAUGCCUAGGAGUUUUCAGGGCUCAAGGAGCUCCAACUGGCGACGAUAACGCAUCCUCCUUCUCGGAUACUUUUGUCAGAAGCCACUUUCCAAUAAUUUUUGCGUCAACUGAAGCUCCAAACGCGACCAAUUGUUUGGAUAAGGUUUUUACUAAUUAUGAGCUAAAAAGACAUGUAAACGUGAAAUGCGAUGAGGCUGAUGGUCUGGACAGGUGCUCCGGUUUGACACUGGUGUCGCAUGAUGAUAAGGCAAUUAUCAUUGCGUUCAGAGGCACCAAAGGAGUAUUGCAAUUGCUUGUGGAAUCCGAUGAGAUAAUGUACAGAAAUAAGACCGCGUGGUUUGGUGGCGGAAACGUCGGUUUCUACUUUGCGAGAAGUUACAAUUUACUAUGGAAUGCUGGAAUGAAGGAAGACUUCAAUACGCUGAAGCAUGCAUAUCCCGGCUAUGAGAUUUGGGUCGGAGGCCACUCCCUUGGAGGAUCCAUGGCAGCUCUAGCAUCCAACUACCUCGUCGCUAACGGACUUGCCACGUCGUCCAACCUCAAAAUGAUCACGUUCGGAGAGCCACGUACCGGCGACAAGGCUUUUGCAGACGCCCACGACAAAAUGGUAACCUACUCGUACAGAAUUGUCCAUCACAAGGACAUUGUCCCACAUAUUCCAUUAAACGGAAUGGCCGAGUUCCAUCAUCAUCGGAAUGAGGUUUGGUAUGACAAUGACAUGCUGAAGGCCGUAUUCAAGGAGUGCGAUGCUCAGGAAUCCCCGUUCUGUUCGGAUAGUCAUUUGGACUACGAGAUUGAAGAUCAUCAUCGAUAUUUUGGAAUGUUUAUUUCAUUUUAUGGCCGGAGAAAUUGCACCGGCGAUCCUUCAAACUAAUUGAUUUUUUAUAAAAAAAUGUUAAGCAUAUUUAUGACUUGUUAAGCUUUCUAGCUUCAUAAAAGAGUACAUGGCAA